AUGGCCGACGCUGCGGACCAAGAGGGACAGCUGUCCCCCAGCCAGCAGGAGGCUCUGCUGCAGUACACGCAGGUCACCGACCAACCCGUCCAGGACGCGAUACCGUUGCUCCAGAGGUCGCAAUGGAACGUGCAGAUCGCGAUUGCCAAGUUCUUCGACGGCGAGGGACCCGACCUCGUUGCCGAAGCGAUGGCGGCUCAAGACAUCCCCCGGAUGGCGGCGCGGCAUGAGAACCUCCAAGAGAGCCUCAUGGCCUCGUCCGAGCGCUCCUUUGGCGCGAGAAGCGGCAGCAGGACCGACCCCGCCCCUCGAGUCGUCCCGCAGCAGCCCGUCACCCGGCGGUCGCCCUGGCUGCUGGGCUUGCUACUUUCGCCCUUUGGCUGGGGCUGGCGAGCGGCGACGGCGCUGUUCCGCACCGUUUGCUACGUGCUGACAUUCCUGCCCGCGCCCCUGCGGCCGCGAGCCAUCUCGAGCGGUCGGCGGCGCACGAGCGGGCGCCGGAUGCUGAUGCCGCGCGACACGGCGGCCCGGUUCAAGCGCGAGUUCGACGAGGAAUACGGGCCGAACGAACUGCCCUUCUUCGAGGGCGGCCUGGCGCAGGCGCACGACCUGGCCAAGAAGGACGUCAAGUUUCUGCUCGUCCUGCUCAUGUCCCCCGAGCACGACGACACGUCGUCGUUUGUGCGGGACACGCUCCUCUCGGCCGAGGUGACGGAGUUUGUCAAGAACCCGGCGAACAACAUGGUGCUCUGGGGCGGCAACGUGCUCGACUCGGAGGCGUACCAGGCGGCGACCGAGUACAGCUGCACCAAGUUCCCCUUCUCGGCCCUCGUCUGCGUGACGCCCAAGGAAGGCAGCGCGCGCAUGGGCAUCGUCAAGCGGCUCGUCGGGCCGAUGCCGGCGGCGACGUACCUGUCGGAGCUCCAGGGCGCGAUGGAAAGGUACGGCUCCGACCUCGAAGGCGUGCGAGCCGAGCGCACGGCCCAGGAGGUGUCGAGAAGUCUUCGGACCGAGCAGGACUCGGCCUACGAACGGUCGCUCGCCAUCGACAGAGAACGCGCGCGAGAGAGGCGGGAGGCGGCGGCGGCGGCGGCCGAGGCCGAGAAGCGCGCGCGGGACAAGGCCCAGGCGGAGGCGCUGCUGGCCGAGAAGCGGCGCCGGUGGCGGGCGUGGAGGGUGGGCAGGAUCCGGGCCGAGCCCGAGGCCGACGACAAGAAGGUCGUGCGGGUUGCGCUCAAGAUGCCGGAGGAGAGCGGCGCAGAACGAGUCGUGCGACGAUUCCCCCAAGAGGCGCCGGUCGAGGAGCUCUACGCGUUUGUCGAAUGCUACGGCAUGGCGCGGGAGAUGCUCGAUGCGUCGACGACGGCGUCCCCGCCGGCCGACUACGAGCACGAGUACGGAUUCAGAAUAGCCUCGACGCUGCCGCGGGUCGUCUUCGAACCGAGCACGACCGUCACCAUGGGGGACAGCAUCGGCCGGUCCAGCAACCUGAUUGUGGAGAAACGGACAACGGCAGAGUUGGAGUCGGCAGAGAAGGGCGAGGAUGGCGAUGGCGAGAGGAGAGGGGGAGGGGCCGCGUAG